AUCGGUCCACUCCAAAGAGGGGUUACUGUUUUCGGGUGAUCCAAAAAGCCAAACCAAAAUCGAAACCCAUCCUUAUUUUUUUUAGGGUUUAGGGUUUCUUUUCUUCCUUCCGGCGUCAAUGGCAGAAAUUGGCCGAUCUCUGAUAAAACACCUCGGCGGCUCACAGAAAUCCUCCAGAGAGAAAGCUCUCCGUCUUCUCUUAAAAUCAUGGCUUCCUUCUCAAUCCCAACUGCUUCCCGAAGACGACGCCAAAAAGCUAUGGAAAGGUCUUUUCUACUGCGUUUGGCACUCCGACAAACCUCUCGUUCAAGCCGAUCUCAUCGAUCGUCUUUCUUCGCUUCUCUUAACACUUCAUCCUUCAAUUUCCCUUCAGUACUUCUCCAAUUUCUUCCUCACCAUGCGUCGCGAGUGGUCCGGUAUCGAUUCGCUUAGGUUAGAUAAAUUCUACCUUCUAAUUCGCAGGUUCGUUUCAAAGACUUUCUCUCUAUUGAAUAAGAAUUCGUGGAAUUUAGAAUUUGUUCAGAUUCUUAUGAAUAGUUUGGAUGAGGUUACUUUCUCUGCUCAAGAUAAGUUGUUGCAGGGAAACGGUGUUAAUUAUCACGUUGCGUCUGUUUUUCUUGAAGAGCUUAAGCCUUUUCUUCCGAUUAAAUCGUGUGUUUUAGAAGUUCUUUUUAGGCCGUUUUUCAAUGUGAUGGGUAAAUUGAAUGAUAAGGUUUUGUUAGGUAAGAUUAAGACUUGUUUGUUUGAUUUGUUGUUGAAAAAUGGGAAGAGGUUGUUGGAGGUUAAGAAGGUUGGGGGUGAUGGUGGUGAUGGUGAUGUUGUGGCUUUGGGAACUAUAGCUUUGGCUAUGGGUUUCUCUUCUAAGUUAUUUGAGUUAGCUUCUGCUCCUGAAUGUGUUCAGGGGAAUAGAAAGGUACUUUUUGAACUUCAUCGUGAGUUCUUGAAGCUGGAGAAGGAUGCUAGUAUUUCUGGGUUUGAGUUUACCAUUCCUGAUUCUGUUGAUAUGGAUGAUGAGGAAGUGCCGGAAUUGGUUCCUAUUGUUGAGGUUGAUGGUUUAGUUUCUGGUGAAGUUGUUCCGAAUGGUAAGGUGUUGAAGAAGUGUAAGAAGGAUAAGAAAGAUAAUGCUGACAAAGUGAAAAAGGAAAAAAAGAAGAAAAAGAAUAAGAAAGGUAAUGCAGCAGAUGAUUUGAAUGGCGAGAUUGUCGAUGAUGGUAACAAGAAUGUUGUUAAUGAGAAUGGUGGAAAUUCAAAUGUUGAACAAGUUGAAGAAAGUGCAGUGGUUUUGAAUGAGAGUGUGAUUUCAAACCUCCAGAAGCAGUUUGAGAAGGUUGCUGCGGAAGCAGGUUUGGAUGAUAGUGUUGCAAGUGUAUGUGUUACGCCAGAAGCUACUGGGAUUGUAUCUAAGAAGAGAAAGAGAACAAAGAAUUCUAAUUCUAAAGGAAAGACAUCUCAGGAUUUUGUUUUGAAUGGUGGAGGUGCCGACGAAUCUGCAGUUGCAAAGAGUGGGGAGAAAAGUUCAAAGAAGGUAAGAUUUUCGAUGAAAAAUAACUUGGUCUGGAAGCCACACAGUCCUUUACCUCCUCAGAGCGUAAGAAUUCCUCCCUCUGUUACACCUAGAGGAAGUGCACUCAAAAAGGGUGUACCACCAGGUCCCGUCAGGGAGAUGCCUCUCCAGGCCAAAAAGAUGAAAGCGAAGAAGGGCAGGAGGACAAUCAUUGGCGGUGUACCAUCUGUCAAACGCUUGAAGAAAUUAAAAUCUCGUUCCAUGUAAUGUCCCUGGUGUUAUUAUGGGAUGAUAUUUCCAUGAUUUAUUUUGUCAUACUUUUAUUUGUUAAAUUGUUAUUGUUAUGAAAUUUUGAAACUUCAUUAUGAUAGUUGCUUUGUGCACCAAGUGGAAAACAAAUUGACUUUUAGCAUAGAGACGGUGUGUUCAAGAUCCUAACGUUGAUUGAUAUGUUCAUUUCUUGGCUUCUUGCUUUAUU